GACUCAAUUUAGUAUGCAUUAAAAAAAAACAUUACAUCCGAUAUGUCCGUUCUUAGACUAGAUAGACAAAUAUCUUGUUCAAAACUGUAAUGUAGUGAAUAUUUCCCUGUACACAUACACCAUAACCUAAUAGACAUGAUUAAUUUAUAAAGGCCUGAUUCUGUCGUGUGUGAAGUGCAGUCAUGUGUAAUCAGUCUGUUUAGAGCGGCGAGUGGAACGGCAGCGACGAUCAAAGAACAAAAUAAUGAAAGUAUGUGAGCUGUAUUCUGGACCAGAGGUGUGUUAGAAAGCCAUGGUCACCAAAGACAACUCUGGCUCUAGCAGCAAGACGACCUGUGUGAAGAAACAAAAGUGUAUCAUGAACAAUUCUCAAAAGGCUGGGAAGGUUCACAGGGACCCACAGAAGUCCAUUUUUGAACCUGAGCUGACCUUAAAAGUCACCGCUGAUGAUGGUGGAAGCAAGACGAGCCCAACGGAGAACGGUGUGAUUGAAAGCACAAACGAAUGGAGUACUUCCAAUCUCCACAGUCUGAAAGAGAUGCAGUAUCUGCAGCACGAAGCCGAGGACAGUCUAAUCGACGCCUCGCUGGACAUGGACAAGUCGUCUCUUAUGGGCUUCAUUGACUCCAGCAACCUGGAGAGCUCGGAGGACGUUCGGACGGUGCCGUGCUUUCAGGUGGACGUUAAAACGGAUGUGGUGCUGAUCGACGAGGAUGAUGAUGAUAUGUCUUUAAGGGAGAGGACAGUGACGGACGUGUCCACUACUGAUGGAAACGCAGCUGAGCUCGUGUGCGGGGGGCUCCAGUCCAUCUCAUCAGACUCCUCCCACUCAGUGUGUGAAGGGCGGAGUCAAGAGCAGGCCACACCCAUUGAGCCAUCUCAUGAGGAGCCGCUCAAGAAACAGAAACGCUCCUGCUGCCUCUGUGUAAUCAUUUGAGGGGACACUUUUUUUUGGGACACUUUCUUUGGGACAGUGUUUUUGGGACAGUUUUUACUUAUUGAACACAUUUUAACCAAAAAAAAUUGUCAAAUGUGUGUGUUUUUUAAUAAAGUGGAAGUUAAUUGGUUAAUAUUUAAUUUAAUAAUGUUAGACUAGUUUCUUGUACCAAAUAGAUAAGUCAUCAUUUAGUUUUUCAUGUCCAUUUUUAAGAAUUACUCAGGCUUGCGUUGGUACUGUACCUUUAAAAGUCAAACAUAACAUGUUUUUACAUCCAUAAUCCAAUAUUUUAAGUACUUGACUUGCAUAAUGCGGCUAACUGAAAUAUGUUUGUAUAAAGUAAAUACAGUAAGAUCCUUUGAGGUUUCUCUGGAAAGUGGCAGUUUUUGGGACAUUUGAGUUUUUGUUUUACUUAUUUAAUCCAUUAACUAGCAUUGUAACUGCAUGGUUGACCUUAUUUAGGUUAUCAUUUAAAAAAAAAUCCUCAAAUUUAGCUUGGAGUUGUGUCAGGAACACAUUUUAAGCAGAGAAAUUGGUCAAAAAUGUGUGUUUUUGUAGAGUGGAAUGUAAACGGUUAAUAUUUAAUUCAAUAAUGUUAGUCAAGUCAUCUUUUUUUUCAUGUCCAUUUCUAAGAAUUACUCAGGCUUGCGUUGGUACUGUACCUUUAAAAGUUAAACAUAACAUGUUUUUAAAUCCUUAAUCUGAUUUUUUAAGUUCAUGACUUCCUUAAUGGGGCUUUUCGAAAUAUUUGUAAUUUGUAUAAUAUAAAUACAGUAAGAUACAUUAGUUAAGGAACUUUUAUAGUGGUGGUCACAAUGGUAGUUUCUUGUGCUAAACAUGUGGGUGGCUCCAGUCAAUCUCAUUUGACUCCUGCCACUCAGUUUGUGAGGGGUGGAUUUAAGAGCCGGCCCCACCUAUUUAUGCAUCUCAUGAGCCACUGACAACUGCGCCCUGUCUAAUCCUUUGAGGUUUCUCUCAAAAGUGGCAGUUUUUGGGACAUUUCAAUACUUUGUUUUACAUGUUUAACCCAUUAAUGGCAUUGUAACUGCAUGGUUGACCGUAUUUAGGUUAUCAUAAAACAAAAUUAAACAAAAAACAA